AUGGAUGAGAACAUAGCAAACUUCACUGCCAUCACGUCGGCAGAUCCCGACAGAGCCGCUCAGUACCUUCAGAUCACCGAUAACAACCUAGAACAAGCGAUCGCCUUAUUCUUUGAGGGCUCAAACGAUCUCGAUCUGGGUGGCUCUAACCAAGCCCAAAGUUCCGCCACUCUUCCUGCUCAGUCCGCGGGAACCCGUCCUUCGAAUCACAAUGACGAGGAUAUCAUAACGAUAGAUUCAGACGAUGAUAUGGACUUUGAUGCUGGCACCAGCGCUGCCAGCCGCCCACCUGCGAAUGUAGAAGAUGACGAAGCCAUGGCACGUCGCCUGCAAGAAGAAAUGUAUGGCAGCGCUGGUGCUGGCGGCGACCCGGAAGAGGUGAGAGCACCAAUGGCCCGGACAACGGAGACCCUGGUAGGAGGGCCGGGGCGCUGGGACGAUCCGGACGAUCUCAACGCUGCAGUAGCGGAGCAGAUGCUGGCUCGCCAAAGGCAACUUGCCCAACACAGUCGAGCAGGCAUUUUCAACCAGAGAACUGUGCCAUCAUCAGUAUGGGACGAAGAAGAAGGCAGCGCCUCAAACGGCACUCGACGUCGUCACUUGUCGAGAGCAACAGGCGGCGCGUCUGAAGCAUCCAGCAAGUCCAAUUUACUAGCUGAAAUGUAUCGACCACCCUUCGAGCUCAUUUGCCGACUACCCUGGGAUCAAGCCAGAGAUCAGGGUAAGUCAGAAGAGAAAUGGAUCAUUGUGAACGUACAAGACUCGGCCAUCUUCGACUGUCAAGUGCUAAACCGCGACAUCUGGAAAGAUGCUCAAAUCAAAGACACAAUCAAGGAGAACUUCCUGUUCAUGCAAUACCUGAAGGAGGAUCCACAGGGACAGCAGUACAUACAAUACUAUUUCCCAAAUCGCGACAGCAACGACGCGUACCCGCACAUCGCAAUCGUCGACCCUCGCACCGGCGAACAGGUGAAGGUAUGGUCGGGGUCUCCGAUACCGAAAGCUCCGGAGUUCCUGAUGCAGCUUCACGAGUUUCUAGAUCGAUAUAGCCUGAAAUCUCACGUUCGGAACCCAGUCGCGACCAGGAAACCCGAGAAGAAACCUGUUGAUGUCGGAAGGAUGACAGAGGAAGAGAUGCUGGAGAUGGCCCUGCAGAACAGCUUGGGUGCAAGCAGCGGUGCAGGACCUCGCGAUGAGGAUCCUGAUGAACUAACGAAGCAGCCUGAUGCGUCUAGCAAAGGCAAAGAGAGGGCAGAGGCAGAGCCUCCUGCUCCCGAGCCCUCAGCAUUUUCCAAGAUACCAUCAGACAAACCACAUGACAUUCCAGACAAUACACCCAACUCGACCAGGAUUCAAUUCCGCCACCCAGAAGGCCGCACGAUCCACCGAUUCGCCCUAGCCGAGCCAGUACAGCGAAUCUACGAGUGGCUCAAAGCAUCUCCGCUGCAGGGCAAAGAAGGGGUUGAAUUCGAGCUCAUCGCCAAUGGCAAGAACCUCAUUGAGGCACUAGACACCACAAUCGGCGAUGCCGGGCUCAAGAAUGGCACUGUAAUGGUCGAACUGUUGGAUUCGUGA